AUGUCGUCGCCUACUAAACGCAUCGCCAUCGUCGGCGCAGGCCCCAGUGGCCUCUCUGCCAUCAAAGAAUUCACCGCGGCUGGCUUCGAGGUGCAGUGCUUCGAGCGCGCCCACGCCAUCGGAGGCCAAUGGCUCUAUGACCCAAACCCGACAGCGGACACGCAUUCCUCCAUUUACAACGGCGUCAUUCUCAAUUCAUGCCGUGAGCCCUCCGCCUUUGGCGAUUUCCCGCUUGAUCCGGCGCGGUAUCCGAUUUUUUACCAUCACUCGCUUCAUUUACGGUAUCUCAACGAGUUCGCGGCGCAUUUCGGCUUGCUGAAGCACAUCCAGUUCCGGACGACGGUCGUAGGCUGCUCGCCGACGAGUGAGGGCGGCUGGGAGCUUCGCAUUCGCAGUGAAAACGAAAACGGCACUGAAGAUGAGGCUGUUCUGACUUUUGAUGCUGUCGUGUGCGGGACCGGCCUCGGCAACAGACCGAAGAUCCCUGAAUUCCCGGGGAGGGCCAAGUUCAAGGGGGAGGUUUUUCAUAGUCACUACUAUCGUAAACCGACCCCCCUCGAGGGAAAGAAGGUGGUGAUUGUCGGCCUCGGGCCCACGGCCAUUGAUCUUGCGUGCGAAAUCGGGCCCCUCGCAAAGGACCUCAGGAUCGUGAACAAGCGCGGCGCGUGGGUUCUGCCCCGGUUCAUCCUAGGAAAGCCGACAGAAGCAUUGAACAGCCGAGCCAGCGCAACAUGGCUUCCUUUCAGCGUACAGGCAUUCCUCUUCAAGCAGGUCUUCAACAAUCUCGUUGGCAAGCAGCCGGCGGUAUUGCAGCCGUCACAUCACAUCAUGGCGCAGAACGCAGCUGUGCGGAGCGACUUCACCGAGAAGCUGAAGUCGGGUGUUUUCAACCUCCACCGCUCCGACAUUACCUCGUUCACCGAGAGCGGCGUCCUCCUCGACGACGGCACCACCCUCGAAGCCGACGUCGUCAUCCUCAGCACCGGCUACCACCACGCGGACUACCCAUUCUUACCCCCCGGGACCAUCGAGAGCAAAGACGCCCCGGCACCGCACAUCGACUUGUACAAACACAUCGUCCCGCCUCGGGCAAAGAACUUGUUCAUCAUGGGUAAUGUAGAGGUGGUGGGACCCGCAUCGGCAAUUAUCGAGGGGCAGGCCCGGUGGAUCACGGCGGUCCUGCAAGGAACGAUACAGCUGCCGAACGAAGAAGACAUGAUGAAGGACAUCCGCGCGUUCCGGGCGUGGCAAGCGAAGCACUUUAUCAACUCCGCCAGGCACAUAAUAUCCGUCGAGUUGAACUCGUACGUCGACGGGCUGUUGGCGCCUCUGGGUGCUGUCCCGUCGGCGUGGAAGCUGCUGGGGAGGGUGUUUACGACUGGGAAGCCGUUGAGGGCGCUCAAGGUAUACCUGGCGGUAUUCUUUGAGAUCCAGGUGAGCGCGCAGUGGAGAUUGUUCGGGGCGGGAAGUAAGACGGAGCUUGCGGAGGAGACGCUGUUGAGGGUUGCUGCUGGCAAAGAGGCUUUGAGCGAUGGCGAGAAGGCAUGGCUCAAGACUUGA